AUGUAAACCCUAACAAGGCCACAGAAAAAUAAUUGGAGGGAAGCAGAGAGCGGCAAAAGCAGUGAAUGUGAAUGUGUGUGAAUAUAUAAAUUUUGUUUAAUUUUGUAAUUUAGUUUAAAAGAAGAAAGCAAAAGCAGGAGAAAGUGACAAAAUCCCAGUAAAGCGUGACAGUGCCAGCUCCAACCCAAAGUCUUGUGCUUUUCACAUCCCCAUUUCCCCAUUCGCCCCACUCUUCCUCUUUCGCCAAAUGGGUCUUCCAUAGCAUUACGUUUUCUCUUUCUUCUUCGCCAUACAACAAGUACGAGGAACAUGUUUUCCAGGCUCAUACAUCCCCAUGAACCCCAGGAAGACAUGCAGGCUCCUCCCCACCUCGGAGACCCUUGUCUUGUUCUCACUUCUGAUCCCAAACCUCGUCUUCGUUGGACCGCUGACCUUCACGAACGCUUCGUUGAUGCUGUCACUCAGCUUGGGGGUGCCAGUAAAGCCACUCCAAAAGCAAUCAUGAGGACCAUGAAUGUCAAGGGUUUGACACUCUAUCAUUUAAAGAGUCAUCUUCAGAAGUACAGGCUAGGUAAGCAGUCAGGAAAAGAUUCUGAAGAGGGGUGCAAAGAUGGGAUGUCAGCUUCAUAUCUUCAAGAAAGCCCUGGUACUGAUAACUCAUCUCCAAAGUUACCAGCUUCUGAUGCAAACGAGGGUCAUGAAGUCAAGGAGGAAUUAAGAAAGCAGAUGGAAGUACAAAGUAAACUACAUUUACUAGUGGAGGCAGAGAAGCACUUGCAAAUUCGCCAGGAUGCAGAACGGAGAUAUAUGGGCAUGCUUGAGCGAGCGUGUAAGAUGUUGGCCGAUCAAUUUAUCGGGGACAUAGUUAUUGACGCAGAUGACCAAAAAUUUCAAGGGAUGGAAAGCAAAACAUCCAGAAGUUCCCUAGUUGAUAACGUUGGCUUUUACCCCUCAGCAUGUACCGAGGUUGCUGGAAUGCAUGUUUCAGAAGUACCACAUAUUCUCCAGCCUCAAGGGGCUGACUGCUCCACUGAAAGUUGCCUAACAUCACUUGAGAGUCUGGGGGGGUUGACACUCGAAGGAUCUCCCGGCGCUGGAUUGAAGAAGAGGAUGCUGAGCUUGGACUCGAUGGCGGCACCUUUUAUCUGGAGUGAAGCCAACAUCAGAACUCAAGGAAUUAAUUUAGCUCAAGUCAAUCCUCCAGGAAUAACUAGGUAUGGCAUGUAGGUAGAGUAGAGAAGGUUAGUUCCUCAUGAAGAGAUCGUGCUUUGUUCCAAGCUUUUAGGAAAGUACUGAGUUAGAUUCUUAUCUGUUCUUGAGCACCAAGUUGGUGGGAAUCAACUUGUCUCACAUCAUUGUGUAAAUUGAAAACACUAUGUGGCUUAACUUGGACCAUCACAAAAGGUUGGCACUGACCAUUUACGAUCAUUGCAUCCUUAAUGCAUCCUUAAUAGCCUUCGUUUUAUACUAGGAGAACAAGAUUUCGGUGCCCCCAAACCCCUAUUUUUCUGAUUAUUGACCAUUCCAAAUUGAGAAUCAUUUGUGUUCUAGUUGUAUAAUAGUUCUACAUCAUUUUUGUAUUUUA